AUGCUGAUGGGCAUCAUAAAGAAAACCUCCAUCCGCUGCUACUGGAGCAGUAGCCCCAUUUGCUCGACCCCCUUUUUCUCCCAGAUUUCCCACAACAAUCUCAUUUCCAAUCACUACCAGUACAGUUUAGGGAUUCUCACGCUGUGCGUUAAUGACAAGAAGGUGGAUAAUCAUGUGGUUUAUCAUCUUCUACAAGAAGAAUUGAAUAAUAAAUUUGUCCAUGGCGACACAAUCUCCAUAGAUACAGAGGCUAUGGCAGGUCUAGCCUUCCUGUGUUUGAAGCGUUCCAAGCUGUACACUGCAGACUUGAUGGUAAAAAUCAGGAAUGGAAUCACAAAUAUCAAGCAAAAGAUUAUAAACUCCAAAAACACAGAUGGAUCCUUAGGAAACAUUUACAGCACUCCCCUUGCUGUGCAAUUCCUCUCUGCUUUGGGAACUUCAAAUGAUGAGAAAGAAUGUUCCCAAGCAAUUGGUGCACUACUGGAUGCAAUGAAAAAGGGACAGUUCUCUAAUCCUAUGAUGAUGUCACAGCUAAUGCCUGUUUUGCACCAAAAGUCUUAUUUGGAUGUUACAAAAACAGAUUGUACCAUCAACAAAAGCACUCUGUAUAUAAACCUAAGUUCUGGUACACUACCUGAUGUUCCUGUGGGAGAAGGCACCAUUAAUGUUUUCUUAACAUUGGAAAAGUCCUCAGAUCUGGUGCAGGAAUUCACACAGUCUAUUGAUGUCCCAGUACAAUCAUCUCUUCUGGACAUCUUGAAAACCGCACAAAAGCAGAAUUCACAUUUCACAUUUGAAACACAAGAUUCCCUACAUGGGCCUUUUCUGACUACAAUCAAUGGUGUGAAGGCAUCAGUGGCGGAAAGAACCUACUGGCAGCUUCUGAAAGAGCCAAACAUUUCCUUGUUAGAAGGUAUUGCUGACUACAGACCUGUGAAUGAAGAACACAUUAUAUUGCGACUAAGCAAAUGGUGAAACCAUUUUCUGAUGGAUGUAAUAUUACUGGCCCAUAACCGCCUCAGUAUAUUGUCUUCCGCUACACUUUGAAGGUUCUUUUUUAGCAUAACAUUCUGACUCCAAUAGAUUGGCUUUAGUUUUUCUACAUUGUAAUAUUACAUUAGAUUAUAAGUGAAAAGACCUACACUUCAAAUGUGUUACCUUUCCAGCAUGUAGUUGUGUUGCUGUAUUCUGAAAUCAAUGCACUGUAGUAACUCAAUUGUGAUCUACCUCUCUUGUAAUUUGUUUUCUUGCACAUUAAAAGUUGUUAAAUAAUUGAUUGAAAUAAAAGUUUCUAAAACUGAAUAAAA